AACUUCAAAUAUCAAUCAAACACUUGUCUACAAAAACAAGUUCAAUUUAGCAAUCAUAUAGUAAAAGUAACAUGAAUUUUAGAGCUUUCCAUGUGUUUUCCUUUGUAUUUAUCUUUAGCUACGGUUUCUCAAUAGCUCAAACGGUUCCAGCUGUUUAUGUUUUUGGAGACUCACUUGUAGAUGUGGGAAACAACAAUUACUUAACACUUUCAAUUGUUAAGGCAAAUCAUCGUCACUAUGGUAUUGAUUUUCUUAACCACAAACCAACAGGAAGAUUUAGCAACGGAAAGAAUGCUGCUGAUUUUAUUGGUGAGAAAUUGGGUUUGGCAACUUCAGCACCUUACCUGUCCUUAAUAUCAAAGGCCAACAAAAAUGAGAAUAAUAAUGUAUCCUUUAUGAAUGGUGUUAGCUUUGCAUCUGCAGGUGCUGGAAUAUUUGACGGCACAGAUGAACGUUAUAGACAAUCGAUACCUUUGACAAAACAAGUGGACUAUUACUCAAAUGUGUAUGAGGAACUUACACGAGAAGUGGGAGUAACCGCUUUACAGAACCAUCUCUCUAAAUCAAUUUUCGUUGUGGUGAUUGGAAGCAACGACUUAUUUGGAUAUUUUGAGUCAUCUCAACUUCGUGAAAAAAACACUCCACAGCAGUACGUGGAUUCUAUGGUUUACUCACUAAAACUGCAAUUACAGCGAUUAUAUAAUAACGGUGGCCGUAAAUAUGAGAUUGCGGGAGUGGGGACACUUGGAUGCUGCCCUGAGUUAAGGCUGAAGAACAAAACGGAAUGUGUUGUAGAAGUCAAUUACUGGUCACUUAAAUAUAAUGAAGUUCUUCGAUCCAUGUUAAAUGAAUGGCAAUUGGAGAAUGAAGGCAUAAUCUACUCAUAUUUUGACACUUAUGCUGCAUUGAAUGACCUCAUUCAAAAUCCAGCUUCAUAUGGAUUUACUGAGGUGAAAGGUGCUUGUUGUGGACUUGGAGAGCUAAAUGCCAGGGCUCCAUGCCUGCCGGUGUCAAACCUUUGUCUCAAUAGACAAGACCACAUUUUUUGGGAUCAAUUCCAUCCUACAGAGGCAGCUUCACGAAUCUUUGUCGACAAAUUUUUUGAUGGUCCUUCAACUUAUACUUUUCCUAUUAAUAUGAGACAGCUAGUUGCAUCAUGAAGUUUGAUAUUCAUUUUUAACUAAAUCGUUAUCUUAAUUCCCAAGGUUAUAAGAUAUUGUCAUUUUAAUUAUUGAUUUAACAAAAAAUUUAAAUUAGUUAUCGAAUCACUAAAAUGAAGUAUCUUAUAAUAAUCAUGAACUAUUUCGACAAUAAAUUAUAUGUUUUAUAGAUUUUUAUGAUAAUAAAUUAAAUCUUUCAAUAACUAUUUUGAUUAUUCGAAUACUAAUUUAGUUUUUUGCCGAAUCAAAAAUCAAAAUGACAUCAUCUUAUACUUUUGAGAACUAAAAUAAUAGUUUACUUAUUAAUUUUCACAUCAAAUAACACUUUUUUUUGUCUCAUUAAAUACAAAUUGUUGUCAAUUGAAGGGAAAUUGUAAACUCCUAGACAAAUUGUAGAGUUUUUAUGGCAUUCAUCUUCUCUUGCAAAGACAAUAUAUUAGAAUGAUGGCAAAAAUCUCAAACUCCAUCCCAUAAGAGCAUUAUUUAGCAAUAGAUUCCUCGAAUAAUAGUAUUA